AUUCCGAUUAUUCAGAUUCAGAAAGUAAUACGGGACAAUAACAUUAAUUCAUGAUGGCACCUACACCUGUCGAUGGUUCACCAGCACAACAAAUAUUAAAUAACUUUGAAUUAGUGUAUUCUUUAAAAGCAGAAAAUUAUAUUCCGGUUCAUAAAUACAAAUCAACACGAACCGGUAUAACAGUUGUUUUAGCCGAUGUUCAAGGUCCAACUGUUAAUGGAUAUUUCUGUCUUGCUACGGAGACUUUUGACGAUGAUGGUUUACCUCAUACCUUAGAGCAUUUAAUUUUUUUGGGAAGUGAAGAAUAUCCUUAUAAAGGUGUCUUGGAUUUGCUUGCAAAUAGAUGCUUAGCGCGUGGAACGAAUGCAUGGACUGAUGUUGAUCACACUUGUUACACAAUUUCAACUGCUGGCAGUGAAGGAUUUUUGUCACUAUUACCAAUUUAUUUAGAUCAUGUUUUAUAUCCAACUAUGACCGAUGAAGCUUUUGUCACCGAGGUACAUCAUGUGACAGGAGAAGGUGAUGAUGCUGGAGUAGUUUAUUGUGAAAUGCAAGGAUGUGAAAACUCUGGUGAAUCUCGUGUUCAUUUAGAAUUGUCUAGAGAAAUGUAUCCGGGUCAUUGUGGAUACAAAUCACAAAUAGGUGGUAUUAUGAAAAAUUUACGAGAAAGUACAACGAAUGAAAAAUGCAAGGAUUUCCAUAAACAAUAUUAUAGACCUGAUAAUUUAGUUGUGAUUAUUACUGGUCCAGUCAAUCAUUUGGAUGUUUUUAAGUCCAUUGAAAUUAUUGAACAAAAAAUUCUUGCUCGGGGUCCAUUAGAUGCAUUUGAAAGACCUUGGCAAAAUGAAGUACCAGCUCUAACAAAAUCUGUUUCUAAAGAAAUAAAAUAUCCAUGUGAUGAAGAAACAAAUGGUCUGGUGUACGUGGGUUGGCGUGGACCAUCAGCUGUCACUCAACUAUAUGAAAUGAAUGCUUGUGCUUUAUUAUUAAAAUAUUUAACUGAUACAUCUAUUUCACCUUUACAACGGGAAUUUAUUGAAAUUGAAGAUCCUUUGGCUAGUAAUAUUGGCUACAGUUUAUCAGAAAAUUCAAUUUCAAUGUUAUACAUAAUGUUUGAAAAUGUACCGAAAGGUAAAAUAGAAUUGGUUGAACCGAAAUUACUAAAGAUCUUAGAAUCAUUUGUGAAUGGGACAGAAUCGAUUGAUAUGCGUCGUUUACACACUGUCAUCCAUCGAUUCCAAUUAGAACGUUUAAGUCAUUUGGAAUCAAAUCCACAUGAUGCGAUGGCAUUUAUCAUUAUUGGUGAUUUUCUUUACGGGCGUGAUGCUAAUGAUUUCAAACAACGAUUAAGUGGAAUCGAAGAUUUGCAGCGUGUUAAAAAUGAACCAAAAGAGUUUUGGAUAAAUUUAAUUAAGAAAUAUUUAUUUGAAGCACCAAUGAUUACAAUUAAGGGCGUGCCUAGCAUAGCAGAACAAAAGAAAAUGGUUGAAGAGGAAAUGAGUCGAGUACAAAAACAAAUUAAAGAGUUAGGUGAAGAUGGGUUAAAGACAAAAGCGGAAGCAUUGGAAGCGGCUCUUAGCCAUAAUGGACGUGAACCACCAACAGAAAUGAUACGAUCAAUUCCAAUACCUGGAACUGAUACAAUUCAAUAUCAUAAAAUUGCUAGAUAUAGAACGGAUGGUCCAACACCAUGUCCAUCAUUUGAAUUGUCAAAAGUUCCAAUUUAUACACAUGUGGAUCAUGUUAACACCAACUUUGUUUAUAUGUUUCUAUUAAUGGAUACUAUGGAAUUGGAUCCACAUCUACGCAAUUAUCUCCCUUUGUAUUUAGAAGCAUUACUAGAAUCGCCAAUAAUGCGUGGAGAUCAAAUAAUACCAUAUGAAGAAGUUGUAACACAAUUGGAAGCUGAUACUGUUGGCACAUCAACUAGAAUUGGAUUGGAAGAAACAUCCAGAUUUACAUGUGGUCCAUUUUCACAUACAGCUUCACUCAUGUUGCAGUUAGAAGAAGAUAAAUAUGAAAGAGGCAUUACAUGGUUACAUGAGAUAUUAUAUUGUACAGUGUUUACUGUUGAUCGUUUAAAAGUUUUAGCGUCUAAAAUAAUAAAUGAUGUUGCACAUGCAAAGCGUAGUGGAAAUAAACUUGCUAAAGAUCUCAUGAAAGAUAUAUAUUACUGUAAAAAUAGUAAUUGGUAUUCAAAUAGUAUGUUACGACAACAAACAUUUUUAACAAGUCUUCUUGAUCAAAUGAAUAAUGGAAAUGGAGAUGCUGUUAUAGCUGAUGUUGAAAAAGUACGAGAUGUUCUAACAAACCCAAAGAAUAUGGUUUUGCAUUUAGCAUUAAAUUUAGAUCAUAUUUCACAAAAAGUCAGUGAUCCAGCUGCUGCUUGGUUCAAUUUAUUACCAUGUAAUGUCGAACCUGUUAGAAAUACAUUGAAUGUAACACCUGAUUGGAAAUUAAUGGCACCAAUAGAACAAAUUUCAAAACCAAAUUGUAUCGUUGGUCUUGGAGCAUGUGAAUCAUCAUUUUUAAUAACUACAACACCAUGUAUUAAAGAUUUCAAUGAUCCAGACUUGGCACCAAUAUUAGUAUUUUUAGUGUACAUCACUCAAUUAGAAGGUCCAAUGUGGCGUCAACUACGUGGAGCUGGCUUGACCUACCACUAUCGAAUACAACCCGUUCCAAAUGAAGCAUUAUUAUAUUUUGUAUUGUCACGUGCUACAAAUGUAACAGAAGCAUUUAAAGUUGCUAAAAAAAUAAUGGAAGAUCAUGUGAAUUUAAAUGAAUGGGAUGAAAAUUUAAUGGCAUCUGCAAAGAGUUCGUUAGUAUUUGAAAUUAUACAACGUGAGCAAAAUAUUGGAGAUGUGGUUGCACAAUCAAUGCUAUCAUACUUUAAAGGAGUUGGUCCUGAAUAUAACAAGAAUUUAAUAAAACUGAUACACGAUGUAACUGUUGAUGAUUUAAAACGUGUUGGUAAAAAAUAUAUUGAACCGUUAUUUAAUCCAGAACAAUCAAAAACGGCUAUUGUAUGCAAUCCAGGAAUGAUUGAAAAGGUUAUGAUCGAUUUACAAGAAUGUGAUUUAAAAUUAACUUCAUAUAAUACAAUUGAAGAUUCAUUUUUAAAUGUUUGCUAA